AUGGAACCAAAUGGAUUAGGUGGUGGGAUAUUUCCUAGCAUUAGUAGUGGAAUGCUAGGAGUAGAAAACCCUUUACAACAACAACAGCAAAAUCUCCAAAAUCAGCAAAAUCCUCAUCCUUUGCAUCAUCCCCAAAUGGUUUCUUAUGCUACUCACCAUGACACUGACACUCAUCAACAACCCCAACAAUCAAUCAAGCAUGGUUACCCCUAUUCAACCAACAAGACCAACAACAAGUCACAGACUACCCUAAGUGAUGAAGAUGAACCUGGGUUCACAGCAGAUGAUAGCUCUGGGGACCCCAAGAGGAAAAUGUCACCAUGGCAUAGAAUGAAGUGGACGGAUGCUAUGGUUAGGCUCUUAAUAAUGGCGGUUUAUUACAUUGGAGAUGAAGGUGGUUCAGAACUUACUGAUCCCACUGGGAAAAAGAAAGCUACGGGUUUGUUGCAGAAGAAAGGGAAAUGGAAAUCUGUGUCGAGGGGUAUGAUGGAAAAGGGGUUCUAUGUGUCUCCUCAACAAUGUGAGGACAAGUUCAAUGAUUUGAACAAGAGGUACAAGAGAGUCAACGACAUUCUCGGCAAGGGAACAGCUUGUCGGGUUGUGGAAAACCAGAACUUGUUGGAUACGAUGGAUUUGUCACCAAAGAUGAAAGAAGAAGUUCGAAAACUUCUCAACUCCAAGCACCUAUUCUUCAGAGAAAUGUGUGCUUACCAUAACAGUUGUGGUCAUGGAAGCACUUCUACCUUGCAACCACAAUCUGCAGAGGCCGGAACUGGAACAGGAACUGAGCCAUCACAAGCUCAACCACAACAGCAGCAGCAGCAGCAACAACAACAACAACAAAGAUGUUUCCAUUCAUCAGAGAACGGGGUGGGGAGUUUGAGGAGGAUGUUGAAAGGGAGAAGCGUGGAAGAGGAUGAUGAUGAAGAUGAAGAUGAAGACUCAGAGGACUAUUCUGAUGAUGAGGAAGAUGACUCGGCAGAAGGUGGGUCAAGGGGUCAAGUAGAGGAUGAUGAGAAUGAUGUGAGGAAGAGAUCAAGGAAAGGAGGGUUUUGUGUGUCAUCACAGGUGAUGCAGCAAUUGAACAGUGAGGUAACGGGUGUGUUGCAAGAUGGGGUUAAGAGUCCUUGGGAGAAAAAACAGUGGAUGAAGAAAAGGGUGUUGCAAUUGGAGGAACAACAAGUAAGCUAUCAAGUGCAAGCAUUUGAUCUUGAAAAGCAGAGGUUAAAAUGGGCAAGGUUUAGCAGCAAGAAGGAAAGGGAUAUGGAGAAAGACAAACUUGAAAACGAAAGGAGGAGGUUGGAAAAUGAGAAAAUGGUUUUGCUCCUUCGCCAGAAGGAGCUUGAAUUGUUGAAUAUUCAGCAGCAACAACAACAGCAACAUUCUUCUACCUAG